AUGGCGCGAGUACUUAAUCGAAGUGCUCAAGACAUAACUGCAAUGGCGGGGAAAUUGAAGCAUAUGAAACAAGAGGAAUACGCUAAACUAGCCAUGGGGCAGCAGUCACCGAGUGUGAUGGAUGUUCACAUCUCGAAACAGUCGGACAGUCCAAAUGCAGCCUCAUUGUCCUCGGAAUGGUCGCAGCUCGAGCAGAAGCAGUUAGAGACGGCUCUGCAACAAUAUCCCAAAGGAUGUGAAGAUCGAUGGGAUAAAAUUGCGAGUGCCGUUCCGACAAAGUCGAAAGAGCAGUGCCAACAACGGCUGAAAGAACUCGUAGAGUUGGUGCGGCGAAAAAAGGCAAGCGUCCAAGGCAAGGCGUAG